AUGUCAUUCAACAUUCCAUACACAGCUCUUACUCAAAUCCCUCAAUCCAUGAACCUCGAGUCGGUUAAGUCCAACUUGGGAAAGUUGCAGAAUUCUCUCUCCAAAAUGCGCCCUCCUCAAGAAUUCUUCGAUGUCAGAAGAAUUUCAAAGCCUGCUAACUUUGGUGAAAUCCAAAGCAGAGCUUCCUACAAUUUGGGAUAUUUUUCAGCUAACUACGCUGCUAUUAUUGCUCUUUUGAGUGUUUAUGCUUUAGUUACCAACACCUUGUUGUUGUUUGUUAUAAUUUUGGUCGCCGGUGGUUUAUUUGGUAUUACCAAAUUAAAUGGUGAAGAUUUGGUUAUCCCAUUCGGUAGAUUCAACACCUCUCAAUUGUACACAGGAUUGUUAAUUGUUGCAGUUCCGUUAUGUAUCUUUGCUAGUCCUAUUUCCACCUUGAUGUGGUUAAUUGGUUCCUCUGGUGUUACAGUUUUCUCACACGCAGCCUUGAUGGAAAAGCCAAUUGAAACUGUUUUCGAAGAAGAAGUCUAG